UGACACCUCCACAGAAGAAAACGUUCAGCCUCAGUGAACGAUUAAAGAAAAGCAACUCUGGACCUUCCUGUCAGACUAGUUAUAGAGAUUCUAACCUUAAAAUAAUUUUCUUUAAAAUUACAGACGAUUGUAAGGUGUUGCGAAACACUUUUUCCGGAGUUAGAAACUGCAAACUGAUCGACAUGGUCAAAUCUAUCUUGCUUGCAAUUCUUCUAGUUGCGCAUGCAUCCACUGUCGCCUUUAACAAUAGCUCUGGACAGAUGUUAGAUGAUAAAACAGCAACUGAACCACCCCUGGACUUGCCCGCACUAGGUGGUUUUCCUGCUUUUUUUUUUAAACAAGAGUCAACAGACUGUGAAGCAAUAUACAACCAGACUACAGAAGUCUCAGAGACAUUUGUUAUCUCGAAUGAGGCUGUGCAGGUCCUUAAAGGUGUGCUGGUCACACGCAUCAUGCCCUCUUUCUACAUCUUCCUCCUCCUCAUUAGUAUACCCCUAAACACAUUGGCCUUGGUGACAUUCACCUGUAGGAUUCGAGCAAAGAAACCAGCUGUGAUCUUCAUGUCUCACCUGGCAUGUGUUGACCUGCUCUUCACCCUGCUGCUGCCUCUGAAGAUCCACUACCACCUGAAUGGUUCAGAUUGGGUGUUUGGUGAGGUGGCGUGUCGUGUACUCAGCGCUGCUUACUACUGCUACAUGUACUGCUCUAUACUGCUGAUGAUGUGCAUGAGUGUGGACAGACUGGUGGCCGUGGUGUUUCCUGUCGCUUCUCUAACCUGGCGGAGCACCAGGCAUGCCACAUAUGCAUGUGUGCUGGUCUGGCUGCUGGCACUCGCUGGCACGGUGCCACUUCUCUCCAUAAAGCAAACAUUGAAGAUUAAUAAUGUGGGCGUCACCUGCCACGAUGCACUUCUCCAUAACGACGAUGGAGAGCAGCGGUACGUUUAUCUGUUCUUCAUACUUUCCUGCCUCUACUUCUUCUUGCCGCUGACUAUCACCUUAGUAAGCUACUCAGUCAUGAUAUAUGUGCUCAGUGCCAAGUCUGGCCGCUUACCAACAUCAUCAUCAUCAUCCGCAGACAAUCGAAGGAGAGCUGUUAUUAUGACUAUUGCUGUGCUGACAGAGUUUGUGGCAUGCUUUGCACUGACCAAUGGCAUCCUGUUGUACCACUGUGUUUAUCUGGCUAAGGGGAGCCACAGCGGGGAGGUGGUUUCAUCAUAUGCAGCUUACAUGUUGGCUGUGUGUGCCGGGAGCUCAAGUGUUUUUCUGGAUCCUCUGCUGUACUACUAUGGCUCGUCUCAGUGUAGACAGCAGAUCCGCUCUGUGUUUUGGUGGAAAAAGACAAAAAGUUCAACAAUGCAAUUAGACACCAAGACAAAAUCAGACAAUGUGUGAAUUGUUGAUUACAUUUUUGGUUUGCAUUAUCAUAUUUAUAUAAGGUUAACCACAGAACCUGUUGUUUUCAGAAACAAGUUAGUGAUGUACUUUGUUGUGAGUAAAAAGACUUCUCAGUGCAAGACAUGUAUGACCCGUCAAGUCGUAAUUAUGACUGGGAAACUCUGAGAUGGGAGUCCUAAACUUUCAACAUGGUGUUGGAGAGUACAGUUUCUGUAGUGAAUGACAGGUUUUGUUCAUUUUUCUAAAUACAGCUAAUUGUUAGCGCUUGCAGUUUUGGUCAUAUUCAUUUAUCUAUAUCAGCAAACAUUCUAUGCAUGUUGUACAUUUUUAUAUAAAAUAUCUUGUAUUUGACCAAAAUUCCAUUAUCGUCAGAAAGCUAACUGAGUGAUAUGUAUUAUGGUGUCAAAAUAAAAGUUCCUCAAGAAAUAUGUA